AUGGUUCCUCACCCUUUUUCCAGUUUUCUUCUCUUUUUAUUUAAUAAACACCAAGGAUCUCAAAGUUUUGCUUCUCUUCCACUUGAAAUUGUCUUUCAAAUUUUUGAUUUCAGUUCACCCAAGGAUCUUGCAAAUAUUUGUGUUCUCAAUCGUCUUCAUUUUAACAGAGUGUCUGCAUAUUUAAAUUCUGAGCGAUUUGUUGUUCGUUUCCGAAAGAUUUUUUCUUCAUCAGCCAAGGAGUCCAAUUCUGAUUUUCCUCCAAAUGAUUUUGCUCGUUUGAUCCGGCUAUGCUGUUUAUUGAGAGGAAAAGCUCCUAAUGCUAUUAGUUGUUCAAAUUUUAUUAUUCAACUCUAUCAAAAAAUUGAUUCCUACGACAAAUAUCAUGACAAAGAUUAUUGGGGUAAAUUGAUAACGAAGAUUUCUUUUGAUUGGUCUCAAUCGCAUUUUAUUUCUUUUAUGAUUAUGUUUGCCGAGUCUACCGGUCUAUUAACUCGAGUUCGCAAUUUCUUCAGGUCCAAGAAAAAUAAUGAAGUUGAAGAAAUGGCUUUGCGGCGAGUAAUUUUGGCGCUUUUUUUAAAUGAGUGUUCAUAUUCAACUAAUGAUAACUCCUCUAAUGUUAUUCAACAAGUUGGUUUUCGCCUUUCGGCUAUUCUUCAUUUAUUUGGGGAAAAUGGUGAACACAAAUAUCGUUUAAUGCUUUUGUUGGCUGCUCCAACAACUACACGCUUGGAUCAGGAGAAUGAUGGAAAGUUACAACCAAUGGGUAUGUUUGACUUAAAAUAUGUUUUGAUAUUUGCUGCUAGACCCGUAUCCGCGGGUGUUGAACUUUAAUUGGCUUGCUUCUUUAUAAAUCAGUUUUAUUUUUUGUUUUUAGAAUUUGUUAAUUAUCAACGAAUUGUUGCUGACCCAAUAUUUGAUCGACAAAGUGCGCAAACCUACCUGG